CCUUCUGUGCACAUGGCGUACAACUCCAAGGACGACGAUUUGGCCUAUGGCGAGGACCAUCGCCAGCAGAGGCAGGGAGAGGAGGGCGACCGCGGUCUCAUUGGCGAUGUCGGAAAGCGCAUCUUUGGAGGCGGCCACGCCGACUCCCAACAACAAGCUUCGAGCCAAGGAGGUAGCGGCGGUGGCCUCUUCUCCUUCGACAAGAUCCACCGUGUUGUGCACGACAUCGGUUCCGACAUCAAAGAUAAAUUGUCCGGCAAGGACGAACAACCCCAGCAGCAACAGCAGCAGCAGGAUUAUGCCCAACAGGGCAACCAGGCUCCUCAGCCCGCACAGGAAUAUCAUUCCGAACACCGUUUCUCCAGCUUUGCUCCAGAGCGACAGGGCAACGAUAUAAAGUGGUAUGUCGAUGGCUGCGGUUACAUGUACGCUGUGAGCCUGGCUAUUGAACGCGCCCGAGAGUCCAUUUGGAUCCUCGACUGGUGGUUGAGUCCGGAACUCUACUUGCGCCGUCCGCCGGCCAAGAACCAGCAAUAUCGCGUCGAUCGCAUGCUCGAGGCUGCAGCCAAACGUGGCGUCAAAGUCAACAUCAUCGUGUACAAGGAGGUCACCCAGGCAUUAACCCUCUCGUCUGCCCAUACAAAACAUGCUCUGGAAAACCUGCAUCCCAACAUUGCCGUCUUCAGGCACCCUGAUCAUCUUCCCGAUACUGCAGCCUUGGGAGGUUCUUUCAUUCAAUCUCUCCAAAACAUGUCCUUCAGUGCUGCCAGCCUUACCCAGCUUCCAGGAGACAGCCUGAAGGCCAUUUAUGGAGCUCAUGAAGGCACUGUUCUGUUCUGGGCACAUCACGAAAAGCUGUGCCUGAUCGAUGGCGAAACUGCCUUCAUGGGUGGGCUGGAUCUGUGUUAUGGUCGAUGGGAUACCAACCAGCACCCCAUUGCUGAUGCUCAUCCCGGUGAUUUGGAACGUAUUGUCUUUCCUGGUCAAGAUUUCAAUAAUGCUAGAAUACUUGAUUUUCAGGACGUGCCAAAUUGGGAAAACAACAAACUUGAUCGAACUCAGAACUCCCGCAUGGGCUGGUCUGAUGUCUCACUUUGUUUUACCGGACCUGCAGUGCAGGAUUUGAGGACGCAUUUCUCACAACGAUGGAAUUUUAUCUAUGAUGAGAAAUACAGCAAGAAGGCUACUAGAUAUUCACGCCUGUCCGCGACUCGCAGUGGCGCCCAACAAGCCCCAGGCCAGCGAGGUCUCGAAAACGAAUCCAGCGACGAUCAAGGUGGAGAGAAUUACGACGGCCAAGAAGGAGAACGGGGCUUAUUCGGCCGAAGUGGAGGUGGUGGCUUGAGGAAUCAGCUCUUCAGUCGCGUCAGUGAGGGCUAUCAUCAGUAUUCCCACCAUGGAGAAGGUGAACAACAACACCAGCAACAUCAGCCUCAGCAGUCGCACGCUGAACAUGGUGCUCAACGUGGUCGGGUCGACUGCCAACUCACACGUAGUUCGGCUCAGUGGAGUCAUAACAUUACGACUGAGCAUUCGAUCCAGAAUGCCUAUUGCGAGAUCAUCAGAAACAGCAAGCAUUUUGUGUACAUUGAAAACCAGUUCUUCAUCACAGCAACUGGAAACGAACAAAAACCAGUCAAGAACCAAGUCGGUGCUGCAAUUGUGGAACGAAUCGUCAGGGCUGCCCGCAAUGGCGAGAAAUACAAGAUGAUGGUAGUGAUGCCAUCUGUUCCUGCUUUCGCCGGUGAUUUGCAGAGCGAUGAUGCUUUGGGAACCCGGGCUAUCAUGGAGUUCCAAUAUGAAUCCAUCAACCGCGGGGGCCACUCCAUUUACGAGGAAAUUGCGAAGGCAGGCUUCAACCCGCUUGACUAUAUUCGCUUUUAUAACCUCAGAAACUAUGACCGCAUCAACGCCAGCGGUGCAAUGCGUUCCGCUGAGGAAGCCUCUGGUGUUUCAUAUGAAAAAGCCCGCGAAGGUUAUGAUGCUACUCACGAAGGCACUCGGGGAGGCGAUUUCGAGUCAAGUCGAGGCGAUUAUCAAGCGUACCGGCCCCCGCCUACCGCAGAGUAUGGCGUCUAUGAGAUGGAUGCCUCGUCUGGCGGAAACUACAACCAAGGCCAGAAUCAAUACGAUCAGAACCAAGCUGCUGAGAUGGGAGGUGGCUAUGAGAAGCAUGAUCAGUACAAGAAGGACGACUACCAGAAGUAUCAGCAAGCUGCUUCCAACGUUGGCGGCCGUUCGGGUCUAGGCUCCGGACGAUGGGACUCUGUCACUGAGUGCUAUAUGUUGGGAGGUGAAGACAUCCGCAAUGUGCCUUGGGAAGGGGGUAACAUGGACGAGAUUGAUGCCUUCGUCUCCGAAGAGCUUUAUGUACACAGCAAGCUUCUGAUUGCCGACGAUGAGACUGUCAUCUGCGGUUCAGCCAAUCUCAAUGAUCGCUCCCAGCUUGGCGACCAUGAUUCCGAGAUUGCAAUCAUCAUUCGCGACACGGAGACAAUUCAGUCAUAUAUGAAUGGCCAACAAUGGAACGCUUCGAAAUUUGCGUCUUCGCUUCGACGACAGAUCUUCCGCAAGCACCUGGGUCUUCUCCGGCCGCAGAAUCCUGAGCAACCUGACCAAAACUUUGAGCCUAUUGGCGCUCCCAAUUUAUAUGACUGGAAUUCCGAGGAGGAUCGACAAGUCAUCGACCCGGUUUCUGACCAGUUCCAAGAGCUCUGGAACUGGCGAGCUAAGACUAAUACGGGCGCUUUCGAAAAGGUCUUCCACCCAGUUCCAACAGACUCGGCGAGAACCUGGCAGCAGUACAAGGAUUACUAUUCUCGCUUCUUCGCCCAGGAACAGGGCGACAAGGAGAACCAGAAGCCCAGCAAGUACAAAGUGGGCCAUGUGGUCGCAGAGAAUUUCAGCCCAGGCGAGCAAGGCGUAAGGGAAGUCAAGGAGGUUUUAUCUACGAUCAAGGGUACACUAGUCGAGAUGCCAUUGCUGUUCCUCAAAGAUGAGGAUAUGGCGAAGGAGGGUGUAGGUCUCAAUGCCUUCACUGAGGACCUGUAUACUUGA